GCGACCUUCAGGUAAGCGGAGUAUCCAUCCGCAUGUGCCUAAUCUCGGUCGUCCUCACAGCCUGGCUCAUUAUCGUCUUUUACACCAGCGUCCUCAUGUCCUCACUGGCUGUGCCGCUCCUCAGCCCUCCCUUCAAGGAUAUGCAUGGGCUCCUCAUGGCUGGGACGCAUAAGCUCGGUCUGCAGGAGGGCAAUUCGGAGGUGGAGAGGAUGAGGACAUCCCAAGACCCGGUCCUGCAGAAGGUGUGGUCGGAAAUCGUGCUCAGAGACCCUAACAACCUCGUCCCCAGCGCUAACGAGGGAGUCCUCAGGAUUCUCAAUGACCGAUUCGCUUUUCUGAUGGACCUGGAGUACUUCGCCUACCACAGGGGGAGCGACUGCCGCCUCUUCCCUCUGCCGGACCACAUCUUCACCUACGGGGCGGGGAUGGCCGUUCAGAAGGACUCGCCGCUCCGUAUGGUCUUCAACGAUCAGAUCCUACAACAACAUGUGACAGGAAUCACGGAUCGAAACAGGAAGAGGCACCUACCGAGUCCCCCUCUCUGUAUCCCUGACGCCCCUACGGCCUUAGGACUCAACACUCUCCUCACUUCCUUCCUCCUCCUAGCUGCUGCUUCCGUCGCCGCCUUAAUCCUGCUGAUACUCGAAGUCAUCUAUAGUCGUUAUAUCAAGCGGACAGAACCAGCAAGGACUCCUGUGGGACUUGAUUAACUGGUUGAUUUCUCCCACUCCCUCUACCUCUUCCUCUCCCUCUCCCUCUCCCUCUCCCUCUCCCUCUUCCUCUCCCUCUGUCUCUCCCUUUCCCUCUCCCUCUUCCUCUCUCUCUGCCUCUCCCUCUCCACCUCCCUCCCUCCCUCUAUGGAUCUAUCUUUCUUUAUUUUUACUUUCCACUUUUUCUUCUAGUUCUUAUAUUGACUAUUCGUAUAUAUUAUCCAAAUAGUAGCGUAUAUCACACAGAAAUUAACUUUUAAAUUUUCUUAUUACUUUUUGUAGUUGAUUGUUGCACUCGUGUUAUGCAUCA